AUGGAAAACUUCGAGGAGGUCAUUCGAUCUCCAGAAUUCCGCUUUCUCAUUGAGCCAGACCGCAAAAAGCUGACAGUCCAUACUGGAGUCGUUCAGAAUCUUUCACCCCCUUUGGCCGUGCUCAUGAACAACGGCCGCAUGAAAGAGUCCUUGUCCGGCACCGCUGCGAUCGAGGAUAUCGAGGAGGCGACCUUCAUUGCGUUUCGCGAGUUUGGCUAUCAUGGCAGAUACAAGACACUGUCUCGAGGCGACGAGGGGAACAGCGAUGACUUGAGUGCAGAUGGCCAUCUCGCUCCUAUUUCUCGUGUCAACCGGAUCCGGAGCCGCAGCCUGAGUAUUCACACACCUGCGAAAGCCGUGCAAACGAGUUGA